AUGCCUCGACUGGAAGAGCUGGCAAACGUGGCCCUGAGGGUGCCCAGCAUCCUCGCGCUGGACCUGCUGUACAAGUAUGACAUUGUGGGCUUAACGGAGCACCUCAGGGCCAAAAACGAACACAUGUUCUGCAAGUACCGAUGGGUCAUCUGCGACAUGUUCUACAUUGGUCACCUGUUGAUCAUGCUGUUGCUGCUGCUGCCUCUGAGACACAUUGUGAGCGUCUACCUCCACGUUCUCGUCGCCAUGCUUCUUUUCGUGGGACACCAACGCUCAAAGGAGUACGUCCUGGAGGAGCUGCUGGCCUGCCGCCAGGGGGCGCUCUCCUUCGACCGCAAUGCCUUCAAAAGAUUCGUUUGGGCCCUCACAUGUCAGAUCAUCCUGAGCACGCUGUGCGCUUUCCUGAUGAAAACGCGGAAGGUGUGGCUCUUCUCGGCGCCCGUGCUCCCCCUGCUGGCCCGCCUCGGCAGCCCUCCUCCGCCCGAGCUUCUCGCCGUCUCCGGCUUCGCCACGACGCUCACCGAGGUCGCCGUCGGCCUCUUCCUGCUCUUUGGGCUCUACCGCCUCACCGAGGCGGCGCUGUCACUCAAGCUGGAGGUGAUGGCACUGUCCCGCCUGCUGGCGGUGGGUAUCUCCCUGUGGACCCAGUUUGCCGUGCCGGUCCUCUUUAGCGUCUUCUGGUUGGUCCUCUUCGCAGUCCACCUGUGCUCCAACGUUGUGUCCGGCGCCGCCUCGUCCGCCGCCCAUCAGGGUGUCCUGUUCUUCCUUCUCACUGGAGAUGCCUGCAAAAAAGUAUUUGUCCUUGAGGUAGAAGUUGUUUUGUGUGUCCGCAGUGUUUCCGAAUGCUGUGCCACGCCGUACUCCCUGUUGGGUCUGACGUUCGUGGUGUCCUACUCGGCUCUGGGCCUGCUCAACCUCUGCAAGUUGUUCCUGGGGGGCUACGACGGCGUGCACAACGACAACGUCAUGCAAAGGGGGGUGACGGAAGGCGUGACGCUGCUGCUGCUCGCCCUGCAGACGGGCCUGCUGGGCAUGCAGAGCAUGCAGCGCACCUUCCUGCUCACCAUCAUCCUCUUCAUCGUGGCCACGUCCACGCUGCAGUCCAUGGGCGAGCUCACCCACCCGGUCGUCCUCGCCCUGGCCGCCUCCCGCAACAGGAGCGUGUGUAAGCACCUGCGUGGGCUCAGCAUGUGUCUUCUUCUGCUGGUCUUCCCGGUGUUCAUGGCGUAUAAGAUAUCACAGUUCUUCCACAUGGACUUCUGGCUCCUCAUUUUGGUGGCUGGUUGCAUGCUCACCUCCCUCCAGGUUACGGGCACGCUGUUCAUCUACUCCCUCUUCAUGGUGGAGCUGUUCCGCAGCGAGCCCAUGGAGAACCUGGACGAGGUGAUCUACUGGGUGAACGCCGUUAGCCGGGUGCUGGAGUUCGUGGUGGCGCUGUGCGUGGUGGCGUACGGCGCAUGGGAGUCGCUGUUGGGCGAGUGGAGCUGGAUGGGCGCCUCGGUCAUCAUCAUCCACUCGUACUGCAACGUGUGGCUGCGGGCGCAGUCGGGUUGGCGCAGCUUCCUGCUCCGGCUGGAGGCGGUCAAGAAGAUCAACUCGCUGCCUCGCGCCACGCCGCAGCAGCUGAGGCGGCACAACGACGUCUGCGCCAUCUGCUUCCUGGAGAUGAAGUCUGCAGUGGUCACGUCCUGCGACCACUUGUUCCACGCCAACUGCCUGAGCAAGUGGCUCCACGUGCAGGGGACGUGCCCCAUGUGCCACCAGACAAUCCCGGCUCAUCCGCCCACCCGCCACGGCCCGGAGACGGACGCCGGCGCCCCUUUGGAGGAAGCCGUUGACUUGGAGGAGGAAGACGUCAACUCGGAGGAGGAUCCCGAUGACGGUCCAGACGAGGAGAUAGUUAUUUGAAUUUGUGACUUUUUUUUCCUUUCCAUUUUUCACAAAUGGUAUAGGAAAUUCUCUUUUCUUGUUGGCUGUUUGACCGACGCUGAAACGGACCCCAGAAUUACAAAUGAUACAGUACAGUCAUCUUCGGUCGCUCACAUGCUAACAUACAAACGGAAAAACAAAUGCAAAUAUGAUUAUGAUUUUUUAUUUUUUUUUGUAUUUGAGGAAUUUAUUAUUAUUAUGGUGAUUAUUUUUACUAUUAUUAUUUUCAUACAAUUUGACUGACACUGGAAAAAACAGCUUCCCAACCCCUGAAUUAGAAGCUAUUGCAUGCUAACUAACAACAGGAAAAAAAACACACAAACAUGGUCCUGUUUUAUUUUAUUUGAGGUAUUUUCUUUGUCUUUUUUUUUUUUUGUGUGCUGUUUGCGCAGCAUUGAAAGCGGUUCCCUAGCCUAUCCCCAAUUAAAAAUUGCACGAUCCUAUCUUCCUGCAUCUGUCGCACGCUAACAUACGAACUGACUGGUUUUGUUAGGCUCGGCGGGGAGUUGCGCUUAUCUGAACGCCAUUGUGCAAUAAUAGUUUGUGUUGUUUGCUUUACAUUCAUGUUUCGGACAAAAUUCAGAUCUCCAUUGUUGGGGUUAUUUUUAUUUGUUCAGAAUUUUUUUAUUUUUUAUUUAUUUUUUUUUACUUUGGACAUGCUAACGUGGCCUCACUGUUCGGGCGUGACAGCGCCACCUGUUGAGUCAGCUUGCACUUGACAGCCUUGAAAAAAUGCGUUCGCGUCGAGACAUAUUGGUGUGGAGUCGACAUCUUUUUUUACGUUUGAAGGAGUGAAAAUAUAUGUCAUUUUCUUAGAGGCCAAUGUGGUAAACCAAAAUCUAAUGAAAAUGUUAGGUUAGAGAGUGCCUCACAACUGGUUUCAUGUUUUUAUGUACACGAUCAUUACAACAGUCAAGUCAGUAUUUGUUCACUUCUGUCAUUUCCUAAUUUUACUUGACUCUCAAAAUAACUCAAAAUAUAAAAUAUAGGCUAAUGUGUGAGGGGUUUCCAUGUGUUUAUUAAUUUCUUUGCUAUUGUAAAGGUUACAUUUGUAGAGACUGCGAAUUUUGGUUCUUUAAACGAAAAGUUUGUUAAAAAUAAAUUCUUUAGAUUUUUUUUAUAUGCACAACCUCAAUCAAACAAUUACAUAUUAAUAUGUGUGGAGGUUUUCAGUAAUAAAUUGACACUGCUAAUUGCUAAAAAGAUUGAAUUUGGCUCUGACUGAUGUUUUGAAAAAAUGUUUUAAAAAUACAUUUCACUGUGCACUGUAUUUAAUUAAUGCAUAUAAUAAUACAUGUGUAUAGGGUUUCCGUAUUUGAUUUACAUUGUGGUCAAUCUCGAUUAAAUCUGGGGGAAUCUUGGUUCUUUAAAACAGUUUGUAUAAAAUAAAAUAUAUAUAUUUUUUUUAUGCUCA